AUGACCAUCCUCAGUGCCCCAGAUGAAACCAUCUUUCCAACAAGCCUGGGCCCCGAAUAUAUCAGUUUCGACCAUAUUCACUGGUACGUCGGCAACGCCAAACAAGCCGCCUCCUACUACAUCACCCGUAUGGGCUUCAAGCCGCUUGCCUACCGCGGCCCGGAAACGGGUUCUCAUUGCCUCGCCAGCUAUGUAAUCGCCAACGGCGAGGCAGUCUUCAUCCUCACAGGGCCGGUCUGCGGGCCCGCGCGCGCGGACGCCGAGAACAAGGCCUUGCAGAGGGCGACAUGCGAAGAGCGCGCGGCGUUGGCGGCAGUCCAUGAGCAUCUGACGGUGCACGGUGACGGGGUGAAGGACGUUGCGUUCCGGAUUACGGGAGACGUGGACGCUGUGUGGCGGCGGGCUAUCAAGAAUGGGGCUGCUGCUGUGGACGGGCCGAAGAUCGUGCAGGCGGAUUGUGGUGGGGAUGGGUAUAUCAUGACUGCCACUGUCGGGACAUAUGGGGACACCGUGCAUUCACUGGUGAAUCGGGAGCAUUACGCAAGGGAUGCGCCGUUUCUGCCUGGGUAUCGGGUUGUUGACGGCGACGACGAUCCGAUCAACCAGAUCCUGCCGCCGGUUGAGUUUCUGGAGAUUGACCAUUGCGUUGGGAAUCAGUCCUGGGGCGGCGUGGAUCAGGUCGUGCAGUUCUAUGAAGAAUGUCUGGAUUUCCACCGCUACUGGACUGUCGAUGACAAGGCCAUGUGCAGCGAGUACUCCGCCAUGCGGUCCAUCGUGGUCGCGUCACCCAACGAGACCAUCAAAAUGCCCAUGAACGAGCCCGCAAACGGCAAAAAGAAGUCUCAAAUUGAGGAAUACGUCGACUACUACCACGGUGCUGGCGUCCAGCACAUCGCCUUCCGCUCGCAUGAUAUCGUCUCCGCUGUAACUCACCUCCAAGCCCGCGGUGUCCAAUUCCUCCAAGUACCAAGCGCGUACUAUACAGACCUGCGCCAGCGUCUAUCCCACGUGUCCUGGACACUGGACGCCGACGUGGCCGUCCUGGAGAAACUGAACAUUCUGGUCGACUUCGACGAGCGCGGGUACCUGCUGCAGAUCUUUGCGAAGCAUGUCGGGGACCGGCCGACGGUGUUUGUGGAGGUGAUCCAGCGGCAUGGGUUCGAUGGGUUCGGGGCCGGGAAUUUCAAGAGUCUUUUUGAGGCCUUUGAGAGGGAGCAGGCGCUGAGGGGGAACUUGUGA